AUGGCAACACGGCCUGCGCCACGGCCGGCAACACGGCCUGCGCCGCGGCCGGCAUCCCCGCCAGUGCCACGAGCUGCACCGGCACAGCCAAAAGCGCCCGUAGGAUCGCAGACGCGGCAGCAGAUGUUGGUGCCGACCGCUGGAAUGGUCGGACAGCAAGCAACCGGAAGCCGCAUGGCCGGAAUGCCGGAGGCUGGUGGGCCUCUCAAUGCGCAGAGCGGACCCUACGUUCAGAUGCCGACGCCGGGACCAGCGCCAUCGGCCCUGCCGGUGAUCCCGGGCUGCCCCGUGGGUCUGGAAUACCUGACGAUGAUCGACCACCUGCUUGUCCAACAGCAGCUACAGAUCAAAGAACUGUUCCUGGGGAUGCAGUUCAAUAGCAAGUUCAUUGUGAAGAACAGCAUGGGCCAGUUCGUCUUCGAGGCGAUCGAGAACUGCUACUGGCACACUCUCAGCAGCAGACGGCCGUUCCACAUGUCGCUUCGCGACUACCGGAACAUCGAAGUGUUGAAGAUUGUCCGGCCACAUCGCUGUGACUGCUUCCUGUGUUAUUGCUGCAUCCAGGCACCUACGCAACUCCUCUCGAGACCAAUCCGGGAGGCCAAGGAGAUCCGCGUCCUUGGCCACUUCAUUCACCACCAACGCAGGACCGACACUACCCUGGCCAAACUUGGCAAGGUGGGAGACCAGGUGGGCCGCAUGGUCGGCCAGGUCUCCAACAAGCGAGGCAGAUUACGAAGCAGGGAUGCACUGCGGCUUGCUUAUGCUGUCGUAACGAGUAGAAUACUCUACUCGGCCCUCUACUAG